UCGUGAAGAAGAAUGGGCCGUAAGUAGUGGUGCAGUCGUGGUUGCUGUUGUUUUUCCCCAGCGCAUGGAUUAUUGAAACUCACGUUGUUUGAUUUUAUUUUUCUUAUUAAGGCACUGCAAGAAAAUGCAAAAUGCACGUUCUGCAUACAUGUUUUGAAAUCAUUAACAGGUUAGUGUUUUAACGUGUUCAUCACAAGACUCAGGAUGCUACCUGCUAGCUAAGGCCAACAACAUUUGGGCUUAUUAAGGUUCAUCUUUUCCUAUUGAGACAUUUUGAGAAUAAUAGUCUGGGAACAUAAACCAUGGCGUAUCGACGUGGUCGAAAAUCAAUUAGAGACGCGUAUGAAGAGAACUUUUCACCAAUGGGCUCAAGGGAGGUGACAUUCCACAGAGUUGUCAACAUUGUCGAAAAGAGGACUCCUACGCCUCUGCUGGGUUUUGAAUAUGACAGACGAGUCAGUGAUGACCAGUGGUAUGAUGAUCCCCGAAAUUACCAGGAUUCAAGAGAAUUUCAAGAGGAUGGCGGUUACCCAUCCAGUGAUUGUCGAUACUUUGAAAAUGAUAACCCCAGCUAUGGCAAUUUUCACAGGAAUUCACCGCCUCUCAGAAACGACGGCCCAUAUGCCCACUACCCUCCAAACAGAGAUGAUUUGAGGCACCAGUUAGAUUCAAGGAGCAGUGGCAGAGGUGGACCCUAUUACCGCAACAGAGGUCGAGGGUCUGCACCUCCUUUAAGAGAGGACCAUGAUGACUACAGGCGGAGAGAGUUCUACCCUUCUGUACGGGACCGAUCACCUGUAAGAAGGGACAUCCAGUCUGCGUCAUCAGGAUCAAAAUCCAGCACCAAGAGUUUUACCCCUGACAAGGAAAAAAGCUACAGCUACCAGCCAAGGCAUAAAUCCAGCAUGCCGCCAAGUCAAACUCCCAGCAGCUCCAAAGAGGGGUCUCCUCACAGCUCGGGAUCAUCAAAGGAAAAAGCUUCCGCAUCUGUAGCGGAGUCGGAGGAGGUAGUAGCUGCCAGCAUGGAGCCAAAGCUGACACCAGAGAAAGACAUCAAGGCCCGCCGGUCGGAGGCCAUUAAGGCUAAAGCUUUGGAAAUUGAGAAGCAUUACAGGCAAGACUGUGAGACAUUUUGCACAGUGGUGAAGAUGUUGGUGGACAAGGAGCCAAGUUUGGAUUAUCUGCUGCAAGCUCCACUGGAUAAGAACCUUGAGGAGAUCAAAGUGCGGUGCCUAGAUAGUCUGAAGCAGUUCAUCAAGGACAUGAAUGAGAUGAUAGAGCAGCCGGACAAGUCUGAAGAAGCCACAGGCAGCAAAACAUCAAAGUGACAAUAUGGAAUUAUUAUGGUGUUAUUACUGUAGUGUUACAUUGAAAAAAGUGGAAAAGGAAAGACAAGAUGGUUUACAUCCAUUGUUUUCUUGGAUUCAUGUUUAUGUAAUAAUUUUCAUCAGUUAUUUGAAUGUUUUAUGUUCUGCAAUAAUGGUAAAUGUUGCUAUUUUUCUUGAACAACCAGAUACAGUCACAGCAGAAAGGAAGAGUAUGAUCUUGUCCCAGUAGCUAUUUCCCACGUGCUGCUACAGAAUGAAAGAUGUAGAAUAUUGAGUGGAAGCAGUGACUUUAAAUGAACUCUGAAUGUUGGUGAAACUUCAAAUCUAAAGGUUCUGUUGUAAUUUAACUGUAAAAUAUGUUAGACAAAUUGUGUUGCUCUAACUGGUUACUGACAACAUUUUACAUUUGAUAGUUAUAUUCAUGCAGUGAGAACCUUGGUCUUUUUUAGCUUUGCAUAAUAAAAACUUGAAAUAUGUGUUGAAACUUUAUUAUGACUUGUUCUGUGUCUUUAAUGUUGAAAGUGAUGUAUCCAGUACCUGUAUUUGUUUUGAAACUUGUA